AUGUCAAGUGAACUUCUAGGCCGCCUGAGCACCCGUACGCUCAGCAUUAAGCUGCUAGCUGGCCUGCCUCGUCUUUCCCAUUCCUUCCCCUCACUGCCACCACCUAAGGCUACAGUGAAGGUCUCGGAUGUGCCUGCCCUGUUUCGCGAGCCCUACAUUCUGUCAGGGUACCGGCCAACAGGCCAGCAAUGGCGUUGCUAUGUACUCAGCCUCUUCCAAAGCCACAAUGAGCUGUUGAACGUAUGGACACACCUGCUAACCAUACCAGCAGUGUUGCUGCGCUUCUGGUUCUUUGCAGCUUCAACCAACCUAACUUGUGAUGCAUCAUUGCUGCCUCUCUGCCUCUACGUCCUUUCGGUUCUGACCUACCUCAGUUGCAGUGCAACGGCCCACUUACUUCAGUCGCACUCAGAGCUCUCGCACUACUCCUUCUUCUUCCUGGAUUAUGUUGGUGUGGCCGUGUACCAGUAUGGAUCAGCAUUGGCGCAUUAUUUCUACUGUGCAGAAAAUGAAUGGAGGCAAAGCCUGGGGCCAUUCUUCCUGCCAGGCGCUGCACUACUGGCCUGGUUGUCCUGCACCAGCUGCUGCUUUGCCAAGUUGUACUACCGCCGACCGUAUCCGUUGCAUAGAAAGUUCUUUCAGAUUGUACCUACCAGUCUUGCAUACCUGCUGGAUAUCAGCCCUGUGGCACACCGUCUGUUCACACGACCCUUCAAUGACCCUGUCAUGGUGCUUCACGCCCUGCAAGUGGUGUUCUUCCUAAAGGCUGCCUUCUUCUUCUCAUGUCCGGUUCCAGAACGCUUCUUAACAGGGAAGUGUGAUAUCAUUGGCCAUGGGCACCAGAUCUUCCACACCUUUCUGGUCAUGUGCACCAUGUGCCAGAUGGAAGCGGUGUUGAGGGACUUCCUGGUGCAGAGAAGCUUGCUUGUGCAAGUGCAUGGAGAGUGGAGUGGCUGGCUGGCUGGCGGCUCUUUCUUUGCCCUGGUCCUGGGAUGCUUGCUGACGGCAGAUCUAAUGAGGAAGUGCGUCCAAAGGCAACUAAAGAAGAAUGACUGA